UUCAUGCUGCCUUAUUUACACCGGGUCAAAAGUUGAUUGAAUUCGUUAUGGAAUGCAAUCCCAGGAGCCCCAUUCAAAACCCACCGCUUAGUCGGUUUCAAAACAAAAGUGACAGAGUGACUAGUUUGAAAAUUCAUAUAUAUAUUCGGUACACACACAUCGAUACAGACACAAACAGAAAGCAGAAGUGGAGAGAGGCUCUGGAUUUGGGGCGACGUGGUUGGUUAUGGCUCAUGGUUCUGACAGUAGUGAUUCCAGUUGUGUCAAAUCCCCUUCGCCAGCGAGCAGCAGGCAGGGCUCCUCAGACAACAUAAAGAAAGUAAUGAGAAGAGAGAAGAACCGUAUCGCUGCCCAGAAGAGCAGGAUGAGACAGACCCAGAAGGCAGACAGUCUACACCUGGAGAGUGAGAACCUAGAGAAGGAGAACGCAGCACUGAGGAAGGAGGUGAAGAGACUAACAGAAGAGGCCAAGUAUCUCUCCUCCGUCCUGACUACCCAUGAGCCUCUCUGCAGUGGCCUGGCCCCUCAGACGACCCAUGACCUCCUGUACUCCCCCCACCACCACGGGAGCAGUGCCUUCCACCACAGUAUUGCUGUGUCUCACUACCAACACUGAUCGCCACAGACCAACAAGGGGGACUGGAGAGAAGCUGGAGAAGUUUAGUGACCUUGGUACACUGUGGCGCCCUACUUCCUUAGUAGUGCACUUCUUUUCACCAGAGCCCUAUGGGUCAAAAAGUUGUGUACUAUAUAGAGCCACUUGGAACAGGAUGUGUAGAGGAUGGAGUAAAGACUGGCAUUUUGAAACGUGACAGAACAAGCAGCAGUUAGGUUUAAAAUAACAGAUGUUCUUAUUUUGAAAAGAUGACAAAAGGCAGUCUGAUAUAUAAAAUGACUUCCAAACCUGUCUCUCUAUGACGCGACUAUAGAAUCAAUCAAAUGGACGAUGCUAAUAGUCCUUGUCUGACUAUAGGAAAAGAAAACCGACAUGAUCACGAUACCAGAA